CCCCGAAGCCAGCAAAAGCAAACCCGACACCAAAAAUCCCUCUCCCCCUCAAAAUCUCCAUGACCCAACCACUCUCUCUCAUGCUCAGAUCCCCUCCUAUUUCACUCUAAUCAAUUCUCUCUCUCUCUCUCUCUCUCUCUCUCUUUCUCUCUCUGUGAAUCCCUUUAUAGGCUUUAUUAUACCAACAGCGCGGCUCAUUGCUCAAACCCCUCACCAACUCAAAAUUGCAAUGGCCCUGUUCCAUUCAUUUUCCGGUUUGGCCAUCGUCUUCCUCCAUACCCUCCUGUCCCUUCUUGUCAUUUCACACCAGCAACCCCAGCUCGACCCGGCCGAGCGCGACGCCGUCUACAGGGUCCUCAACUCCGUCAACCCCACCGUCCCCUGGCGCUCACUCUUUCCCGACGACGACCUCUGCUCCUCAGCCCCACACGGCGUCGUUUGCGAAUACUUCUCCGACGGUGACGGCGACGUUUUGUCGUCCGUCCAUAUCACCGAGCUCAGCUUCGGGUACGUCUCGGACUACGCUCCGAACCCGCCUUGCAGUUCGGACUCCACACUCGACCCCUUACUCUUCACCGCCUUCAAGUUCCUCCGCAAGCUCUUCUUUUACAAGUGCUUCACCGACGAAACGCGCCGCGUUUCGCUCCCCGCGGACUCCGUUUCGCCGGGCUUCUCGUCCACUCUCGAGGAGCUGGUCUUCAUUGAUAACCCGGCUCUGGUAGGGCCUCUCAGUGGCUUACUUCGUAAUUAUACGAGCCUGAGAAGGGUAGUUCUGACCGGAAACGGAGUUUACGGUGAAAUCCCAGAUGGGCUCGGCGACGAUUCGGUCGUUCUCCAGGAACUCACGCUCUCGAGAAACCAACUCUCCGGUGGAGUCCUGGCGAACUUAUCCAAGCUGAAGAGCCUGAGGGUUCUUGACCUGAGUCACAACCGCUUUGACGGAUAUCUCCCCGAAGCUUUGGGUAAUCUCACGGAGCUAUUGAAGCUGGACCUGAGCUACAACGGGCUUUCCGGUAAAAUACCAGAGGGUUUAAAGAACCUACAGAGCCUGGAGUUCCUGGACUUGAGCUACAACCGUUUUGGCAACUACGGCCUGCCGUUGUUCCUAGCGGAGAUGCCCAGGCUGAGAGAGGUGCAUUUGAGUGGGAAUCCGCUGGGAGGGGCAAUACCGGAAAUAUGGGAAAAUAUGGGGGGUGUUUUGGGGAUAGGAUUGUCAAACACGGGACUGGUUGGGAAUAUUCCGGCUUCAAUGGGGGUAAACUUGAGAAACCUGCGUUACUUGGGGCUUGACAACAACAGCCUUGAAGGGACUGUGCCAGUGGAGUUUGCGCUCUUGGGGACUGUGAGUGAAAUCAAUUUGGAGAACAACAAUUUGAGCGGAAGACUCCCAUUCUCCGCCAAAUUCUCAGCCAAAAUUGGCGGAAAGCUGAAGCUUGGUGGCAAUCCAGAGCUGUGUGUGGCGGAGCAGUUGGGCUCCGGCAGCUUGGGGAAGUUGAAGGCGUGCACCAACAAACCUGUUAUUCCCAAUGCUGCCCUUUUCAGCGCGGGUUCUAAUCCACUGCUGGUUGUCCCACAUGUGCUCGUGUUUCUCGGAUUUCUUGUUUGUCUUGGGUUGAUUAAUUCUUAGGUUUUAGAAGGUUGAUUAAAGACAGAGAUUAGGGGCUAAUUAACAAAAUGAACAGGUCAACACUGAUUUUGGAGAAAGAAAUUUUGGGUGUGUCAUGCGGUUGAUAUGGGACAGGGAGAAUUAUGUAAUUACGCUACUUUGAAGAGAAUUGCAUAUAGUUUAAUGCUUUAAAUUUA